AUGGUCAUUCGAGAUGGCAGAAUAAUGCAGGUUCCAGUCCUUCUCCUCGUGCACGGUGACGUUGUACUAUUGAAGCAAGGUCAACGUAUCAACUUCGACUGUCGUGUACAUUCUUUCUCGAGAGACACUGAAGAACUUAAAUCUGGUUCGGUUUACUCAAGGAAACCUGUUCCACACAUAUCAAUUGAUGAAACUUGUGUCCGGCAAGAUCACUUGGAGGAACUGGUGGAAGCCGUGGUGCUUCGAGCACCAGUUACGGAAUUCUUAUCUCCCCCUUAUGCAUCGAAUGCUGCUGAUCGCGCGCAACCCGCUUUCAAUCAGUUUGUCUCACUAUUAACCACGUUGUCCGACUUCGCUUGGAUGUGUGUAAUCGUACUUCUCAUCGUCACAUUCAGCAUUCAGCUUGUCAGCAAGUCUUUUGAGGUCGUAAGCCAUCCUUUGGCUGCGUGGAUCUUAAUGGUUGUUGCCAAGUUCACAUUUUUUUCGUCCGGUUUUACUUUUUGUCUAUUCUGGCGUAUCGCUAUGGUGUACGCACUUGCGCGAUGCUGUACAGUUAGGUUCAAGUCUGGAGAUCAUGCAGUCGAUGUUGAACAUGAUUCGGACAAAUGUAUAUCCAGUCGACCAGCAACCACCAUAGGUGAUGGACAACGAAAAUUGGGCUUUCGACCGUGGAACGAUCUAUCUCAAUGGAUUACCCGUUCCAGACAAAAGUGUUCUGAGGUAUCGUACACGGCUUCAAAGACAGAUGUACCCCAAACAUCUCCUAUGCAUUCGCAUCGGGGCCGCCUGGAAAGUAUGUGCAGUGAGCUGGAUGAACACGACCUGGUGGCGGAUGGACGCAAAGGUUCGAUCGUCCCUGUGAUACUCAAUCUGCGGAUGGAUGCACUCUGGCCACAUUUACCUCAAUUUGAAAAACCCCGGUGGGUGCACUAUUUGUCUUCGCUGAAACCGAUCGGUUUGGCAUUACUGCUCAAUAAUGCUCAUUCUUUGUCCAAACCCCGGCGACGUUUCUUGAAUCAUUUGGCUUCGUUACGACCCGGAUCCGAUACGAUGGUGACAACGUGUCAUUGCGACCCGUUACUGUCAUGCCAGUGCUAUUUGGCUCGUGGAAUCGGAUUCACAGCUGGUGCGACCCGUGGAUUUAUCUGUUGCGGUUCUUUGGGUGCCUAUCUGUUCGGUUCACAGCUCAACUGGAACCGUCAACUUCACUCGCCCAAUGAGGAUCGAUCGAUGAACUCCGCGUCUCAAACUCACGCGGCACUGUCUGAGAAAAUUACACCGGCGAAUUUGUGCAACUCCUGUAUCGUGGAACACUCAUUUUCUGCAGCGUUUACCACCCCAACGGGUCAUGGUAAUUAUCAGCUAAUGACACAGGCAACGGGUGGUAUGUUGGCCAAUCUGUGCUCGGAUGUUUGGGACGGUCGAGAUGUCUCCCCACUUUCACUGCCCGAACGAGCCGCGCUUCUGGAUUUCUAUCAUCGGAACGCCUCAGCCGCUUAUUGUGUUGGAUUCGCAUAUGCUCCACUACUCGGUCAUCUCCCGUCUCCAUGGGGUCACAAUAAUGGUACUCUGGAUGCCUAUAACGAAGAUCCCAUUGUCCUUCAAUUGCCAAAAUGGAAACCAACAGAUUGGACGGAGGAAAAUCAUUCAACCUUCGGUCUCCAUGACCACCGCAAUCCAACCAGAUUGUCGCGUCCAGCCAGUGCACGUCUUCCGGACACUGUUCCACUACCAACUGGUUUAACACCCUGGCAUCCGUCUUGGUCAGAGGCCAGCUAUACACAAUCUGCAUUUGCAACACCGCGUACACCAAACCCAACUACAGGGACACCAAUCACCUCAGCUAUGCACCAGACCUUACUGUGGGGUUGCCGAACUAUGGAGAAUAGGUCUGUUUCCUUGUUCAAAUCGAAAUUCGCUCUCCCGCAUCGGCUGAAUCACCGUGCCAAACCUCUUGGGACACUUCCUAGAAGCAGUUCCAGUGGCUUCUUCCCCGCAUCCUUGGAAUCCAAGCACACCGAGUUGCAUCAGAUGCUCUCUGUGCAUCCGAUUGUCGAUCAAACCAAGAGUUCUCAAACUCAAGCAGAUGGUGAAGCGUGGCAAACGUUGAUAGACAAUCAAAUCUUUCUCGGUCUGAUUAGUAUGCAGUACCAUGCACUACCGGAUGUUGUUGACGCUAUCAAACAACUGGAUCAAGCGUGUAUUCGAUUUGUUCACUUCUCACGCGAGAAUGAGUUGCGCAGUCGAGUGUUCGCAGAACGUUUGGGACUGGAAUAUGGCUGGAAUUGUCAUAUCUCACUAGCCAAUCGGUCCGAACAACGCGGUUCCGAUUCAACUCACUUACCUCAAACUGGGCCAAAUCCUCCAGAGAACAUAGAUCCGGUGAGAAUGCAAAUUCCGCUAAUCUGGUACGGGAAAUCUCGCUGUCAAGCUAAUCAUGAAAUCAUGAGCUCUGAAUUCUCUCCCCUCGCCUCGCCUCCUGUACUAGCAGCUCUAUGGACUUCAGAGGCAUACCCAGCGACACUAAUGCUCGGGUUGCACUCGUAA